AUGGCGGUGCUUCCACUGCCCGAUCUCGGGACAUGGCUGUUCCGUCGCGGUGACGCGGACCGCAAACGGGUCGCCGCCGAGAACCCCGUCACCAUUGUCAAGCAGCUCGACGGCCACAUCAAGACACUCAAACAAGCGAACCUGCCUCACUCACUCAAGGAUCCCGAGAAGGACGCCCUGGUUGGCGCCAUGCUGCUCAUGGGCAAGAGCCUCCAAGACGCCCUCAACAUGUUCAUGGCCGAGGUCUUGCCGCAUGACGAGUACCCCAAGGGAUGGAACGAGGUGCUCUCGGGCACCCUCGGCGGCCUGCAGAGGGCCCUGGCCGACACACUCGUCACCCUGGAACGCCCUCAUGCUGCCGAGGCCGGUCUCAGUAUGAAGCAGCACCAGGAGUCGUUGAAGACCAGGACCCUCAGUCUGGAACUGGAUGAGGCAUCGCCACAGGUAGUCAAACCCGGACUCAACAGAUCGGAAUCAGCACCAGCCGGCACAACAACAACAACAACAACAGCAACACAAGGAGAAGGGGAGAUCUCACCCGACUUCCCGCCCCUCGGCCCUCCCUUGCCUCUCCGCCUCGCCCCCGUCCCCGAACGCUUCGAGCCCGCCUAUGAAUACCGCGACCUGGCCGCCGAGAACCCGGGUGUCAGCAUGGCCGUCAUCCAGGAACUACGUGCCGAAAUGCGCGUCAACGCCGCCAUCCAGCUCGCCAUUGAAUCACUCGAGUUCACCGAAGGCCAACUGCAGCUGAUGAAGCAAGUGGACCGAGCCGCUGGCGGAGCCGACUUUGAGCCUGUCCAGCAGCACUUUUACGAAGGGUACGAUCGCAUCCUUCGCAGGGCCGUUGAGCUUGAGCGCCGUCAUGCGAGCAGCGAGGUGCCUGUCCCUGUGUCGCAGCCACCACCCCGUGGUGACAACCAGAACCGGCCUCAGACCAGCCACACGCAAAAUUCGGCCCAGCUUAGUCCCACCUCUUGGAGGCCGCGCCCGCCGAGGAGGAUAAGUCUCGUUACUAUCCCACCUCCCCAUGAAGCAGAGGCUCAUUCUCGCGGUGGUGGUGGUGGUGGUCAGAGACAGAGUAGCUAUAACCAGCAAAAGCGGCCAGGGACGGCGCCGAAUGGUGGUAUGAUGCACAGGAAGCGGAGCAUCAUGUUUAAUGAUGAUGGGGACUUUUCCGAUUACGCGUCGACGCUGGGCAAUUCGCGGUCAUAUUCGAAUCUGAGGUCGAGCCAGGGGUCGCAUGGAUCAAGGGGUUCGAUGGAGGCCAUGACUAUGAGUCCAACCGGUCAGGCGUUUGAUCAAAGGGCGAGGGCGAAUGUGCGGAGGAGUACGGUGCAUGGGAUGGUGGGGAUGGGGAUCCGGGAGGAGGAUGAACGACCACAACAUUCCCGAGGUCUCUCACAGUCCCAACAGCUAGACCCACCCACCCUCCGUCGUCGCCUCUCUCUAGCCGACGAACUCGCCAUGGCCAGCAACACCGACAGUGACUCCUCCAACUACGGCGACGAAGACAACGACGACUACUACCAGGAAGACGGCGACGGAGGUGGCGGCGGUGAAGAAGAAGACGAAGAGUUCGGCGAGUUCGGCGAAGUAGGCGAAGCAAGCGUCAUCCAAUCCGAGCUCGGCAGCGGAAGUGAUCGGGGCCUAGCCAGUCCUCGAACCCCUGGAUCAGCAGUAGGUCCAGGUCCAGGUGGCUUUGUACGUGGCAUGGUACACGGUGGGCUCAUGGCGGCGGCGGGGGGGAACAACAACAACAACAACAACAAUAUGAUGAACUUGAACGACUCGAUACACUCGCGUGGCUCGUCACUCGAUUCGAUGCCCAUGAGCGAAGGGUUGGUGGGACAAAUACCGCCGAGUGAAUACGGGAGUCAGUUUGACGAGGGGAGUACGUACGGUGGUCGGGGUUAUGGGGGAGGGUACGGGGCCACACACAGCAGACAGGUAUCGAGUGUGAAUAUCGACGAUAGGAUAUCGUAUGUGCCUUCUACGUGGGGGAAUGUGUCUGCUGUGGAAGAAGGAAUGGAAGAAGAAGAAGAAGGACAACAACAGCAACAAUAUGAACAAGAAGGGGAGGAAGAAAACGAAGAACUGAGAAGCCUAGGAGGGCGGCGUCUAUCAGGAUACUUCCCUGGUGCGGGCCGGUACGACGGGGAGUACGAUGACGAUAGGGACUACGGCGAUGAGGAGGAGCAUGAUGACAUGGAUGAACAAGAAGAAGAAGAAGAAGGGCAUAGGUACGCGGACGAAGAUACAGGAAUGGAUGGGGGAGGAGAUGAUCAUGAUCGCAGUGAAGCGUCGGCGGAUGAGAACGAAGAGUUGACGGAGAUUAUCGAGCAGUUGAGGCCGUACAUGAUGCUGGGUGGUGCAGCGAGCAGCAAUACGGGGAGGGUCUCUGCGUGA